AAAUAAAUGCUAAUUUCUUUUAAAAAUACAAUCAAUAGUAUAUUUGGUAAUUAUAAAAUGUUUCAAUUAUAUUUUUACACAUUAAUAAUAAUUUUUUUCCUAUAAUAAUCAUACAUUUAUAGUUGUGAAAAAAUGCCGUUGUCGUAGUAAUAGACACUCCCUACAGAAUUCCAAGAACGGCACUAGUCAAACCAACAACCAAACUGAUAUUUUUAUUUACAGUUAUUUCAGAAGUAUCAAGUAUUAUUAAUUUUGUUUUGUUGGAUAAAAUCUUGUGUGAUUUAUAAAAACUUAAACGGGUAAAAUUAGGCUAUUGUGGGACUGUAUUUCUGGAUGUGAAUGUUUAUUCAGUGCUACACUUGUUAAGCAUGGUUGGUCGGCCAUCGAGUAGUGGAUAACAUCAAUUUUUGCGAUUUUGUGUAUGUACGAAUUUAAGUAUUUAAAAUUAUAUCGUAACUAUUAAAAAAUAUCUUAAUUUGUUAUGCAAACUACAUACUUUAGUUAGAGGUGAUAUAUUUAAUUGUACGGUUUCUAAAUUUCACAAAAACUGAAACUAAUCGCAAGACACACUGGAAAUUCCCAAUCUCAGUGACGCAAUUAAUAACCUCCAUUCUCCAUUUCUUUUUGUGAUAAGUGCUCGCCUGACAUUAUUCAUUAAUUGUUAUAGUAAAAUUUAAGCGUGGUAUCAUUCAUAGUGGAUAAUUAUACAGUCACGUUUGACUGUAAUUAUUUUGAUGGACUUUAGUUCUAAUAAUAUUAACGCCAUCUGCGUUAACAAAAUACUCAUAACUUGUAAAUGGCUACCCCGACCCCGUCGAACCCGAGCGAUAGGUGGUAUUUUACGAAGGAACAGUUAGAGACUACUCCAUCGAGAAAAUGUGGCUUCGAUGCACACAAGGAACUUUCCAAUCGCCAGCAAGCUGCCAACUUCAUCCAGGACAUGGGCCAGAGGCUCAAAGUAUCACAAUUAUGUAUCAACACGGCCAUAGUGUACAUGCACCGUUUCUAUGUUUUCCAUUCGUUCACGAAGUUUCCGUGGCACCAGAUGGCAGCAGCGGCGUUAUUUUUAGCGGCCAAAGUCGAGGAGCAACCUAGGAAAUUAGAAUACGUCAUUAGGGUAGCCAAUAUGUGCAAGAACGGGAGAGAUACGAAUAUUGAUGUGAAUUCAGAAAGGUAUAUUAGUCAAUCCCAGGAUUUGGUGUUUAACGAAAACGUUUUACUUCAAACUCUAGGAUUCGAUGUGGCCAUAGACCAUCCCCAUACCCACGUGGUAAGGUGCUGUCAUCUCGUUAGGGCUAGUAAAGACCUCGCGCAGACUUCCUAUUUUAUGGCUAGUAAUAGUUUACAUUUAACGACAAUGUGUAUACAGUAUAAACCGACGGUGGUUGCUUGUUUCUGUAUCCUAGUAGCUUGUAAGUGGUCCAACUGGGAGAUCCCGUUGUCGUACGAAAAGAAGGAGUGGUAUUCGUACGUGGAUCCCACGGUAUCGGCAGAGUUAUUGCAACAGUUAACAGAAGAAUUUUUGGUGAUAUUCGAAAAGUGUCCUUCCAGACUCAAGGAGAAGAUUAUGGCUAUAGCUGAUAAUGUUAACCACAUACCUUCUCAUCAUAUUCCUUCGCCUUUUGAUGACCCGAAGAAAAAACUUCCUCAGGAAGACGGGAAAGACGGCCACCACAGAUCGUCGGGUUCUGACAACGAUCCUCACAAACACAGAUCAUCUCGGCCGCACGAUAUGGGCAGCAGUUCACAACACCAAAGAGAACGAGAUAGAGAGAGAGAACGCCGGGAACGACAACAGCUGCAUCAAAAGGCAAUCAUGGGCAAUAGUAGUAGCAGUCUAGGUAGCAGCAGUAGUAGUAUGAAAUCUCACAGUAGUCAUCAUAGACCUGAUCGUCCAGAUCGGCCCGAUCGUGCAGAUCGUCCGGAUCGUGCAGAUCGUCCGGAUCGUGCAGAUCGUCCAGAUCGGCCCGAUCGUCCAGAUCGCCAAGAUCGACCCGACAGGCCGGAUAGGCCAGAUCGAACGUCUAUGGACCCGAAGAUGAAGCCUCCCUCUCGUCCCCACACCAUGCCUUACCCUCAACCUAAAGACAUCCUUAGAGAAGCAGCUGCUAGAGACUCACCUUUCGGAUUAGCCAGAGAUACUACGAGGGAAUACCCGAAGGACGCCCAUAUGGCCCGAUCCGACAACAAAGACCCAAGCAAACGAGACCAUCAAUACAAACUAAACAAUCAAGCUGAAGUGAAUAGUGUUAACCCAUAUGACAACUUGCGGUUGGGUUAUCCUCCAGAAAAACAAAGACUUGAUCCCAACGGUAGACCUAGAAUAGACCACAACAAGAUACCUUCGUCGGGAGUGUCUCGUAGUAGGCCGGAGGAGCAGAAAUCUCAUCUAGAAAAUAUCAAAAAGCAUUUAAGUUCGGCUCCUCUGGAUAAAAACAAUAGUUUCCCAAGCAAACCUGUCAACGCGGGUAUGCAUAACGAAGUUCCCAAGUCCGUCCCUAAGAUAAUUACACCGGUCAGUUCUAGUGCGCAGCCGAAACUAACGCAUACCAACAGUGGUACGUACGCGCCGCCAGUCAAUAGUGAAUUUAAAAUAAAAACUGAGCCGGUAACUGUGAAAGAAGAGGUUCCUAUACCGGCGGUGAUAAAGAGACCUAGUUUAUUUUCGCCCGAAAAAACCCCGCCUCACAAAGACAUUGUUCCUACUGUCGUUCCGGAGAACCCGGCUUUCCUUUCGCCGUUAGUGUCUCCGGUCGAGAUAAAAAGAGAGAGGAACUAUUCUAGUAGCUCUGAACCCGAGCUAAGGCCUGUGAUGAAGAAGAUUGAUCAAGUGGAAGGUUUCGAGAAUCUUAUGAGGGACAAUACGAUAGGAAUCGACGACACUCGACAAACGCCCGAUCAUAAUGCUCAUUUGUUGAAAGUGAAAUUGGAAGAUGAGAGUCCUGUGCAGGACUGUAUUGUACCACAAGUCGUUGAGAGUAACGGCGAAACUAGUAAUAGGACAUCAACAGCACUGGUAAAUGGUCUACAAACAACGGACCCGACUGUAAUAAGUAAUUUAUUAAAAGAAGCCUCGACGGCUUCUCAUCUCCCGACUGUAAUACCUCCAGCACCCGCUAACGAAACUCAGACUGACAAAAACCACUACCACCACAAAAGUAAAAAGAAGAACAAGGACAAGCACAAGCACAAAGACAAGAGCCGCGACGACAAAGAAAAGAAGAAGAAGCAUAAAGAUAAGGACCGCGAAAAGCACAGGCACAAAGAUAAAGCGCCAGAAGUGACGGCGGUGCCCAACAUAGUUCCGCUGAAACUUAAGAUACCCAAAGAUAAAAUAAUCAUGGAGCCAGCUCCGUCGGAGCCCCCGCAAGGACUGAAGAUUAAAAUACCUAAGAAUAUAAUCAAUACUGAGAACAUUUCAGAGCUGUCCCAUAAUCCCCCACCCACUAUAGGCAUCAAACUGAAGAUACCCAAAGAGAAGCUCAAUAAUUGCCCUAAUAUCGAAAGUAGUGCAUCUAGGAAAAGGGAGAGAGACAAGGAUCGAGGCUCCCCUGGCGAACCUGCAUCAAAAAUAUCAAAAUCCAGUAUUAAAGAAUCUAAAACAAAUGGCAGAUACUCCAAUAACAAUAAGGUGGUGCAAUCAGGUGAUGGCGAAACGUCAGUGCACAGGUUGGCCGAAUCUAAGUAUACACACAAGAGUUCGACGUCCUAGAUAAGCGACUUGAGUAGUACAAGAUGUUCUUUUUCGAACAAUCUGUAUACGAAGUAUAAUUACAGAAUCUAGAUUUAUUUUUUUUUAAUUUGUUAUAUUAGGUUUAACGCAUAAAUAGUUACAAAGAAACCUA